UUACCGUUCUUAUGACUAUUUCCUGAUAGUUUAAAACUUUUCAUUUUUAUAUCAUUUCAAAGCUAUAGAAAAGUUGCAAAAAUAGUGUAAGGAAUUCUCAUAUACUCUUUACCCAAAUUUGCCAAUUGUUUACAUUUUUUCCUGUUUUGCCAUCAUCAUGAUUCAGUUUAGACCAUUUUCAUCUCCCAACUGGACUCUUUGUGCCCACUUACAGUUAAAACUCAUUUUCAGGCCGGAUAUGGUGGCUCAUGCCUGUAAUCUCAGCACUUUGGGAGGCCAAGGUGGGAGGUAUAGCUUGAGCUCAGGAGUUUGAAACCAGCUCAGGCAACAUAGCAAGACCCCAUCUCUUAAAAAAUAAAAACUCAUUCUCACCUCAAAUCUGGAGCAACCAUUAACUUAUUUUCUCUCUAUAUAACUGUUAUCUGUUCUAGAUAUUUCAUAUAAAUGGGAUCAUAUAAUCCAUGGGUUUUGUGAUUUUCAUUUAGCAUGAUGUUUCCAAGCUUUGUGCAUGUUGUAGCUUGAGUCAGCACUUCAUUCCUUUAAAUUUCCAAAUAAGAUUCCAUUGUAUGGAUAUGCCACCAUUUGCCUAUCCAUUUACCCAGAGGAAGGCAUCUUGGUUGUGUGCAGUUUGGAGUUAUUAUGAAUAAUGCUGCUGUGAUCGUUCAUGUGCUAAUUCACAACAUACAUCUGUAUUGUUGGGUGUCAUCCGUGGCAACCCUUUCAUGUCUCUUUUUGCUGCAUACUGUGGCAUGUUUCAGGCAGGAUUCCUCCUUCCUUCAAACUGCAUCACUCAGGAGUCUGCAAAUUCCCCAAAGUAGGAGGAAAAAUGACCACAUUCAAGGAGGCAGUGACCUUCAAGGACGUGGCUGUGGUCUUCACUGAGGAGGAGCUGGGGCUGCUGGACCCUGCCCAGAGGAAACUGUACCGAGAUGUGAUGCUGGAGAACUUCAGGAACCUGCUGUCAGCGGGGCAUCAACCAUUCCACCAAGAUACUUUCCACUUCCUAAGGGAAGAAAAGUUUUGGAUGAUGGAGACAGUAACCCAAAGAGAAGGGAAUUCAGGAGGCAAGAUCCAAACUGAGUUGGAGUCUGUUCCAGAAGCAGGAACACAGGAAGAGUGGUCUUGCCAGCAAAUCUGGGAACAAAUUGCAAAAGAUUUAACCAGGUCUCAGGACUCUAUCAUAAAUAACUCUCAGUUCUUUGAAAACAGUGAUGUCCCCUCCCAGGUUGAAGCGGGACUGCCCACAAUUCACACAGGACAGAAACCUUCCCAGGGUGGGAAGUGUAAACAGUCCUCCGAUGAUGUUUCCAUCUUUGAUCUUCCCCAGCACUUAUAUUCAGGAGAGAAGUCUCACACAUGUGAUGAGUGUGGAAAAAGCAUCUGUUACAUCUCAGCUCUUCGUGUUCAUCAGAGGGUUCACAUGGGAGAGAAACUCUUUACGUGCGAUGUGUAUGGCAAGGAAUUUAGUCAAAGCUCACAUCUGCAGACUCAUCAGAGAGUCCACACUGGAGAGAAACCAUUCACAUGUGAGCAGCGCGGGAAAGGUUUCAGUCGUAGAUCAGCACGUAAUGUUCAUCAUAAAUUACACACAGGAGAGAAACCUUACAUUUGUGAAGCAUGUGGGAAGGCCUUCAUUCAUGAUUCCCAGCUUAAGGAACAUAAGAGAAUCCAUACUGGGGAGAAGCCAUUCAGAUGUGACAUGUGUGGCAAGAGCUUCCAUUUUAGGUCAAGACUUAAGAGCCAUUUCAUGGUUCACACAGGAGAAAAACCAUUUAGGUGUGAUACAUGUGAUAAGAGCUUUCAUCAGAGAUCAGCACUUAAUAGGCAUUGCAUGGUCCACACCGGAGAGAAACCGUACAGAUGUGAGCAGUGUGGAAAAGGCUUCAUUGGUAGGCUAGAUUUUUAUAAGCAUCAGGUGGUCCACACAGGAGAGAAACCAUAUAAUUGUAAAGAAUGUGGGAAGAGCUUCAGAUGGUCCUCAUGCCUUUUGAACCAUCAGCGAGUCCACAGUGGAGAAAAAAGCUUCAAAUGUGAAGAAUGUGGGAAGGGAUUUUAUACAAAUUCACAACUGUCUUCCCAUCAGAGAUCCCACAAUGGUGAAAAGCCAUAUAAAUGUGAGGAAUGUGGGAAGGGCUACGUUACUAAGUUUAAUCUUGACUUGCACCAGAGGGUCCACACGGGAGAGAGACCUUAUAAUUGUAAGGAAUGUGGGAAGAGCUUUAGCCGGGCCUCAAGUAUUUUGAAUCAUAAGAGACUCCACUGCCAGAAAAAACCAUUCAAAUGUGAGGACUGUGGAAAGAGGCUUGUACACAGGACACACCGUAAAGACCAACUGAGAGACUACAGUGGGGAAAACCCAUCCAAAUGUGAGGAUUGUGGGAAACGCUACAAGAGGCGCUUGAAUCUAGAUAUACUUUUAUCGUUAUUUCUAAAUGACACAUAAUUAUUCAUAUUUAUGGGGUACAAUGUGGUUUUACUGUGUGCAUAUAAUUUAUAGUGAUCAAAUCAGUGUAAUCGGUGUAUCUGUCACCUCAAAUAUUUACCAUUUCUUUGUGUUGGAAAAUUCAAAAUCCAUUUAAGAGGAGUUAGUAGACAGCAAGGGAAGGGUCCCUGGAGUUCCCUCACUGCACGGGGCAGUGCCUCAUCACCACAUAACAUAAAAAGCAGCCUGGGGAAGAAAAUCAAGCUAUAGGCACGGAUAAGGGAACUAGCACAGGGGAUUGUGCCUGGAGACAUGCCCAUGGCUGCACAGAUAGAAGAACCUCCAGCUCACUCAGGUAAAAACUCGCACAAACCUCCAGCUCACUCAGUUAAGGGAACAAGACCUGACACAGAAAUGCUUUUGUCCUUUGUAUAAUCAGCAGGCUCCCAGGAAAAAGUUUCUUCUUUUAUGGGCAUGAACAUAGUGGGUUUCAGUAGGUUCAGGUUGGCACUUUCCUUUGUGGAAAAGGAAAAGCCCAGCCUCUAUAAAUCAUCGCUUCAGCUCCUGAUUGGUUCAAGGCCAAGCUGAAUAACCCUUAUGAAUCAUCAGUUCAGCUCCUGAUUGGUCCCAGGCUAAGCUGAAUAACCCUUAUGAAUCAUCACUUCAGUUCCUGAUUGGUCCCAGGCCAAGGUCCCAGACCAAGCUGAAUCACCCUUUCUCCAGGACAGCCCUCAGGCUAAGCGCAUUCCUUCCCCUUCCCAGUCCAUAAAAACUCCAGACCCCAGCCUCAUAGUGGGCAACUUAGUUGGGUCCCCAUCUCCACUGUGGAGAGCUUUUUUUCUUUCACUUUUUAAACUUUCACUCCAAUUUCACCCUUGUGUCCGUGCUUCUUAAUCAUCUUGGACGUGAGAUUAAGAGCUCUGAGUGAUACAUCACAAGAGAGACUGCUACAGUGUGGUGCAUUUGUGAGACUACAACACAUUUUUAGCAAUUUGUAAAUAAUUGUUGAUGAUAGUCACCUUUAGUGCUGCAGAACAGUAUAAAUUCUUCCUCUCUACCUCUUUUGUAUCUGUUAGCCAACCUUUGGCCAUCUCACCUACCUCCUACACUUCCUUGCCUUUACACCCACUGUUCUACUCUCUACUACGAACUCAGCUUUUUUUAACUUCCAUAUGAGUGAGGUCAGUAUUUCUCUUUCUUUGCUUGGCUUAUAUUACUUAACGAUGUCCUUGAAAACUCAUCCAUGUUGCCACAAAUGAUAAAAUUUUGUUUCCUUGUUAUGUCUAAGGAGGAUUCCAUUGUGUAUAUAUGCCACCUUUUCUUCAUUCAUGUAUUGAUAGACACUUAGGUGGAUUCCAUAUCCUGGCUUUUGUGAGUAGUGCUACAAUGAACCUGGGAGUGCAGAUAUCUCCUUGACAUACUGAUUUCCUUUCAUUUGGAUAUACCAAUAGUGGAAUUGCUGGAUCACUUGAAUUUUAUUAGGCUUCAGAAGCUCCACAUGGGAGAGAAACUACAGAAGUGUGGGGAGGGUGGUAUGUGCUUCAUUUAGGCCUCAAGUCUUCAACUUUAGAGUGUCCACAUUGGCGAGAAGCCUCAGUAAUGUAUGUAAUACAAAGUUUUUACUCAGUUUUCAUGACUACAAUCUCACCUAAGCAUUCACAAAGGGGAGAAACAUUAAAAUAUAAGGCACAUAGAAAGCAGUUCCCUUUGAGUUCGUAUCUUGUAAUUUAUCACAGAAUCCAUGCUGAUGAUACAUUUCAUCCAGUCCUGUAGGAGAAAAAACAUUUGUUUAAGUUAAAACCUUUUUCAGCCAUAGCUCAGCAUACCCCAGUGGUCCUGGGACUGUCAUAGUGGAGUUGUGCUUGUUAAGUUGUGCAGCAGGGUUUCAAAAAAAAGUUUGACAGUUACAGUUAUUCAGGAGACAGGCCUUAGAACAAGAGUUCAUUCAUGCAUUUACAAAACUCUAAUCAUGAACAUAUCAAAGUUGAUUACCAGUAGAAUGUCAGCAACAUGAGUUUUCUGUUGUAUCUUCACAACUUUUAACACUGAUUAUCAUUUUCUGUUCACUGUUAAAAGAAUCAAAAGGAGCAAACAUGAUGUUUUUAAAUUGUAUCUAAGAGAGGAAAUCUACAAAUAAUUCAGGGACACCUGAGUUGAAAUGCAGAGUACACUAAAUACUGCAUUCACAGCAUUAUUUUGAUAAUAUCUGUUCCCAUUUGGUUCCUGUCUUCCCCUCCUCCUCUAUUCAGAAGUUGUAUUCUUAGUAUUUGUGGCUUUGUGUAGUGUUCCAUUGGUUGAAUACAAUAUAAAUUCAUUUUUUCUCACAGGAUAAAACAUUGUAAUAAAUUCAACACAACAUCUUAAUAAUUUCAAAAGUCUAAUACCA